AUGUCAUUACUUGCCGCUCCACUAAAGAGAAGAUGGAACAAUACAGGUCUCCUUCUCAAGUCAUCUGCCACUACUCAUCAAUUAGCAAACACUUCAACUAUGAAAGGUGUUGGAAGAUACUAUCAUAAAGACACAACAAAAGAAUCCUUAGCAACAACAAUCCCAUCCUCAGGAGGUGCCAAAUGUCCAUACGGAUAUGGAAGUGUAACAGCUUCCACCGCCGAUGAGAAACCAAAAGUUAAACCUUUCUCUGAAAUUCCUGGACCUAAACCUUUACCAUUGCUUGGUAAUUAUCUAGAUAUUAAGAAGAAUGCCACAAAUACUCAAGAAUUCUUCCUUGAUUUAUGUAAAGAAUACGGAGAAAUGGUCAAGUUGACUGCUUUUGGAGUCAAUUUGGUUAUUCUUUCAGAUCCUAGUCUGAUAGCUGACGUAGCAAGAGUAGAAGAACGUAGAACAAUUUUGGGUCCAUCAAGAUAUUACAAACAAACUCGUGGAUUAGAGUUGGUUCCAGUAGAAAUGAAAAUUGAAGAAAAUUGGAAUGAUAUUCGUCAAAUUUUCAAUCUUGCAAUGAAACCUGAAUUCCUUGAUCGUAUUGUUGUUCCUCAAUUGACAGAAAUGAAUAGUGAUUAUAUUAGACAAUUGAGAAAGAACUUUACCAAAGUUGGUGAAAACAAAUAUAGACUGAAUAAUGGUAUGGAAGCAACUUCCAGAUAUGCCUUCGAUGCAAUUAUGAAAGUUUUCUUUGGUGUCAAGAUGACUGAAGAAUUAGAAAGAGGUCUACCAUUCAAACUUGAUGAUUUUUCAAAGCAAGCCAUGACAGUUCUCGAUUUGUGUUCAAGAUUAGAUUACAAACUUCCAAUUUACAAGUAUUUCAAAACUAAGGAGUAUGGAAUUAUUGAGAAUAUGUAUGAUAGUGUAAUUGCUAAUACUAGAUAUUGUGUUGAUCGAUUUGGUCAACCAUUACCAGAAGGUUCUAAACCAAGAUUUUUGGAAAUUCUUACACAAAGAUCAGAAGGAAUUGAGAAUGCUCAGGAUAAGGUCACUACUGUAUUGUCAACUUUCUUACAAGGUGGAGUUGACUUGACGUCAAGAAUUUCCAAUUUUAUCCUUUAUAGAUUAGCUCAUCAUCCAGAAUACCAGGAAAAGAUUUAUCAGGAAUGUUUGGAAAUUUUCGGUGAACCAACUGAAAAUGAAAUCCUUUCCGAAAAUGGAUUAGAAAUCACACCAGAACAAUAUAAGAAACUCAAACUAACCAAACAAUUCGUUGAAGAAGUUACGAGAUUCAACUCAUUUGCCUACAUUACAUUCGGUAGACAAUUGAAUACUGAUUUGGAAAUUGGUGGAUUCAAUCUUCCAAAGGAAACUGUUGUCAUUUUCAUGAAUUAUUUCCCAAGUAUGAAGGAUGAAUAUGUUCCAAAUGCUUUGGAAUUCAUUCCAGAGAGACAUGAUAAGAAGAGUCCACUCGCUCCAAAGUCAAUGUUUUCAUCACUUCCAUUUGGUGUUGGUGCCAGAAAAUGUCCUGGAAGUCGUAUUGCUAAUGCAGAGUUCCACUUUUCAAUUAUUAAUGCUGUUAGAAAUUUCAAGUUAACUAAGGAACAUGCUGAAUUCCCUAAAAUGGAAACAGACCAAAUUACCUUCUAUAUUAGUACUAAGAAAUAUCCAUUGUACUUCCAUCCAAGAGAUCACGUAAAGCACCUCUUUGACUAAUCAUUGAAAAUAAUGAAAUUAAAAAUAAUUCCGAGCUUGUUAGGGAAAUUGAAUUACUAAUUUUAAUAAAUAAAAUUUCCAAAUAGAAAUAAUUGAGUUUUAUC